AUGUUUUUUUCCAUGACCGAUAACCCCGGAAGCACUGGGGGGCGGGGGCUGGACUGGCACCACAAUGGAAUUCAUCCCAUGCCUGUCCUAGGGCUAAGAAAUAGAACUUGAAUCUAGUGCCUUGUAAUUAGGAAACAUUGUCGUGGAGGAAGGGAGGGAGACGUUGACUCGGUAAUUUGUACAACACAGAGUAAAAGCAACUUCGAAGCUCCUCUUUUCUCUCUCUUGGCUGUUAGUUGUUUCCAUGAGCUGAAGAACAGUAGGGUAAAUAUUUACAGAGGUGUGAUAAAUGUUGGAAAUGGUUAAAGAUAGGUGUAUGCACAUACAUUUUAACUUGAACAAAAACUGCAUCACUUGCAGGCUUUGGUAUUAAUAGUCUUCUUGAAAUCUUAUGGCAAUGCUAGGUGAGCAGCAGGUGCAAGAGAAGGUGCUUCAGUAUGAAGCUUUUAUCGGUGAUGUUCUGCAAAGGGAUCUCCAGAAGGUUCUGGAGCAGCGGGAGGAGGUCUAUGAAAAGAUUGCUCAGUACCUGCAACUCAAGAAUGUUAUCGAGCGAUUUCAGGAGACAGGAAGCCAGGAGCUGACAACUCAAGUGGAUUUAGGCUGCAAUUUCUAUGUCAAUGCAGAAGUGCCAGACACAUCCACCAUAUUUGUAGCACUGGGUUAUGGGUUCUUUGUGGAGUUGACGCUUCCUGAAGCGCUUGCCUUCAUUGAGAAGAAGAACAAGCUUCUGACAGAGCUCAGUGAAGCCCUUACCAAAGAUUCUGCCAAGAUCAAAGCCAAUAUCCGGAUGGUUUUAGAGGGCUUGCGUGAACUCCAAGGUCUCCAUGAUUUGCCUGAGGAGACCAGAAGGGACAUCAUCCUUUAGGCAUCUCCCUUACCCAGAGUGGAAGUUUUCAACAACUGAUAUGCUGGAUGAAGAGUUUGUCUCUUGGAGCAUUUUGGCGACAGCAGCAGGAACUGCAUUUAGAACUGGAGAAACACUUCAGAGUGGGGUGUAGUGAAUGUGAGAUGGCAAUAGGGGAUAUGGGUUGCAGGGAGAGGGAUCAGUUUCUCAGGGGUUGGGACAGGCCAAUUGAUUUCCGUUCCUCGAAUACUCAACCGUUUUCUGCCUCUGUUUUCCCCAGGCACUGUGUCUUAGUACAAGUUCAUCUCGAUUUGUAAAAGUAAUAAAGAUUAUUAUUCCA